CGUGCACAUGAUAUACGGCAGACCAAUGCAACUGGAACAUUGCCAGCAUUAAACCACACCCCCUGCCAAAUUCCGUGCCUUGUAUCGAUAGAACAAACAUCAAUCAUCGUCGCGGAUUAGUCGCAAACCAAAACACAUUAUGUCGGCCACAGCUACCACGACCAAAGCUCUGUUCCCCGCCGCAGUAAACUCCGAAGAAGGGCAAGCGCCCCCGCGCAGUACAUCUGUCGCAUCUUUGAACCUGCGCGAGAAGCUCGAGCGCGACGGCUUCGUUCUCAUCCCGUCGUUGAUAAAGGCGCCGCAGUUGACGUCUUUGCGCAAUGCAUGUCGGCACUCGACGGAGCUGGCCCGCAGUGGGAAAUGGCCAUUCAUUCGAACACUUCCCAAGCAGUUUCCGCCCUGGCCUUCGGAUCCCUCUCAUGGCAUAUGGGGCGUCCAACACCUUCUCCACCCGUCCAUGCCCGGAUCGCAUGAGUUCGCCGAAAGCUACUUCGGCGACGCGAUUGUGGAACCUAUCAAAGAGAUCCUGGGGUGCAAAGACGAGGACCUGAUCAUGGAGCUGUACAAUCUGCUGGUGCGGCCAGACGAGGACUUCGCGCUGCGGUGGCACAGAGACGACAUAAGCGCUGAAGCGACGGCAGAAGAGGAGAUGCAGAGGCUGCGAGAGCCCAGCUGGCACGCGCAGUGGAACCUAGCUCUGUACGACGAUCGCAGUCUCAUCGUCGUGCCCGGCUCGCACCGUCGUGCGCGAACAGACGCGGAGAGAAAAGCGGACCCGCUCACCAAGUUCAUGCCCGGCCAGCAAGUUGUGGCCAUGAAAGCGGGCGACGUAGUAUUCUAUAACAAUAACAUUCUACACCGAGGCGUAUACGACAGCAAGAUCGAGAGGAUGACGCUGCACGGCAGCGUUGGGCAUGUAAAAGGCUCCAGCCACAGAGCGAGGAAUGUGCUUCAGCACGGCGUUGGAGAGUGGGUGGACAAGGUAGAUUUCGACGGCUUGUCCGAAAGGACAAGGCAGCGAGCUGAGAGCAUGCGAGCUCGACUUGUGACUUUGGGGCGUGAAAGCGGCGACGUGGGAUAUGCUCAUCCGGACUAAUGUGUCUCCAGUCGUAUGUACGUGACCUCAAAAUCUCAAUGCCAUUGACAAAAAUUCACCCUACAUGUUUUAUCGGGUAUCAUAAC